UCAAAGCCAAAAAGAUAAAAAUAAGCCCAACCCCUCAACUACCUAACCACCCAUCUCUCAUUACCACACUAAUACAAUUUCACUCACCCUAAUUUACAAUUCCCCUCUCUCCCUCUCUAGCUUCCUCCCUCUUUCUUUGUCUCUCUUUUUCUCAAACAAAAGCUUAAAAGAGAAGAAAAAAAAGCUGAGGACAUCCCCAAACAUAGCACACAUGCAAAUUCACCACCAUCCACUUUUUCAUCUCUUCCCUCUUUCACCAUUCACCACCAUCAUAACCUAAACUUUAAUCUAUCCAAAUCUCAUCCUCUCUUUCACUUCAUUCAUCCCUAACAUUAAUUCAAAAUAACAAAAACAAACAAACAAACAAACCCCAUUUUGCUUCCUCCUAAAAAAACCCCAAAAAUCAAUCCUUUCCUCAUACCCAUUUCUCAAUUUCAAUAAAAAAUCCUUCCUUUCUUGAAACCCAUUUCUCAUUUUCCUCAAGACCCCAAAAAAGGAAGAGUAGAAUCACUAAUCAUAACCACAAUCUCAAUCAGAAGAUCAAAGGUAGCAUUUUUAUUUUCAAUCUCCACCUUCAAUGUGGCGACCGUGGGGAAAAUCAACGGCUCGGAUUCACAGCUCCUCUUCAUCCUCCUUACCCUCUUCCCCAUUCUCUUGUUCUUCCUUCAAAGACAUUCAAACCCUUUGUCUCGACGAACCUCCUCACCAAUCCUUACCCUCUUCACCAACCCCAAAAUACCCCAUUUUUCAACGAGUCCUACUCGCCAACUCGCUCCUCCGAACCUGGUCAACUCACCUCCACCAACACCACCACCACCGAUUACCCAGAACCCGCUCUCACCCCGAACCAGAAUCCGAACCAAAACCAUCACCAGAUCAAGAACCAUCACCACCACAGAAUGAAAAUGAAGCACACGCGCCACCGGUACUCUAUCCACCUCCAUCACUCCCACCACCGAUCUACUUCCCGGGAACAGAACAGCGCGUGGUCAUCUACUUCACAAGCCUGCGCGUGGUGAGACCCAUCUUCGAAGACUGCAAAUCCGCACUCGCGAUCCUACGCGCGUUCCGCGUCCACCUCGACGAACGCGACGUAUCAAUGGAUUCCUCCUUUUUGACCGAACUGAACCGGGUAAUGGGUCGAACCGGUCGACCCGUAUUAUCACUGCCACGUGUCUUCAUCGGAGGAAAAUAUGUCGGUGGUGGCGAAGAGAUUAGAUCAAUGCACGAGAUUGGCGAGCUCAAGAAGCUUAUGGAGGACUUGCCCGUAGUGGAACCAACGGAAUGCCACGUGUGCGCGGGUCACAGGUUCGUUCUGUGCAACGUGUGUAACGGUAGCAAGAAGGUGUUUACGGAUAAAGCUGGGUUUAAAAUUUGUGUUGUUUGUAAUGAGAAUGGGCUUCUUAGGUGUCCUUCUUGUUUUUCUUUUGAUUUGAUUAACAAUGAAAAAAUUGAAUGAGGAAUAAUUUUUUUUUCAUUGAUUAGGUUAAUUAAUUAGUUUUUUUUUUUAGUGUUUGAUGUAUAGGUCUAACAAUGUAUGAUAUUUUGAGUGUUUUUAUUCACUCUGAAAAUGGUUAUAUUUUUAAGACCAUGUGUUAGAUUAAUUUGUUUUGAUUUAUUGAAUUUUAAUAAUAUUUUUUUGAUUUAUUUUUAUGCAUUUUAGAAGUGAAAAUUUGGGGAUAAUGGGUUUGUUGUGGAGUCAGGAGUGAUUUGGAAGGUGAAAUUU